AUGACCAUCAUCCGGAAGUUGAUAUUCUCUCCAGAGACUCUCACCCUUCCACGACCUCUGCCGGCGCCGCAAGCCUUGCGUGAGGACGAAAAUAUUGUUUGGACGCGAUAUGAUGGUCUCGACGCACUUCGACAUAUCCAAGCCUUCAGGUCGCACGACAAACCAAUCAACUCGGUGUAUCGCAUGUGCGAAUUCAUUUGCGUAGACGCACCAAAUCAACUUAUGAUCGAGACGGAAUACUUUUUGUAUCGGACAACGUGGCGGCUAGAGGAGAUCCCCAACCCAGACGAUGACCACCCGGAGCGACGAGCUUUAUUGGCCGCCACGAUCGAAAGUCUCGUUGAUGCUUUCAACGAGAAGCACAGCUUUGGUAUCACACGCGAAGGCGCUGUUGUCGCACAGCAAGUGUGUCCGAGAUGGGUUGAAGAAGUGCCCGCAAUUGACCGCUUGCUUGACUUGGUGGCUGAGCACGAGGAAUGCUUCGACUCGGAUCAUCAACGGACUGAUCCAUACACGAGGCGCAACAUUAGAGCGCACUCAGGGACCAUCUUUAAUUUCUGA